CGGUCAGUUGGUUCGUCCUGUCGCUAAGAGCAGCAGCGUUGUCGAGUCACUCACAGUGGGCCGCUGGUGUCGACUGCGCUUUUUAACCGGUGGACGACAAACAACCAUGGACAGCAGAGGUUACGGUUCUGGUUAUUCCAGUUGGGGAGGUGGAAAUUCAGGAAGCAGAGGUUCAGGUGGCUUUGACAUGUACGGAGGAGGUGGUUACAAAGACUCUGGGAUUGGGGGCUACGGAGGAGGAGGAGGCGGCGGAGGCGGCCAUAUGAAGCGGGGGCUGUCAGGGGGAUCGCUCCUCUCGUCUUCUGGCACACACGCAGACGCAGUCAUUGCAAAGAUUAACCAACGCCUGGACAUGCUCACUCAGUUAGAAGGGGGGUUUAGGGGGCCUCGGGGUGACAGGUUUGACGAGUACGAGUCAUUCGACUCACGCUCCUCCGGGCUCUCCUCCUCCCGAGAUCUCUACAGAUCUGGCGGCGGUAGCUAUGGUUUUGGGGAUGGCCGCGGGGACAGCAUGCUGAUGAAUCAGCGAGGAGGCUCUGGCUUCGGAGGGGGAAUUGGGCUUGGGGGUGGAGGAGGCUUUGACAGCCCCUCCUCUUCCUAUGGAGUCGCAAAAAUGCGACAGAAUAUGAGAGAUUCCUUCGCCAGUGGACAGGGAGGUUCUGGAGGUGGUGGAUGGGUUGGAGCUGGCCGACGUUCCCCCAGAAGGGGUGGAGGCGCUGGGCCCCGAGGAACUGGAGGAGGGUUUGGAGGCCGCAGGUCUGACCCCACUCCACUAGGUGGAGGUUUGCGGGGUGGCGGUGGCCAGUCCCACCGUGGCCAUUCUCCAGGAGGUGGUAGAGGCAAGCUCCCAUCCCUCCUGUCCAACCGCAUGUACCCUGAGAGUGGUGGUUUCCAGGGUUCUGGUCCAGGGCCUCAAGACUUUCCUGGGAGGCAUUUUGGAGGGGGGCCACGAGGUGGUCGCCAGCGAGGCCGCAAGAGACCCCUCAUCAAACAACAAGUGAAGCCGCAGCGCGACGGUCAAAAGAAGCGGAAGCAAACUCCAACCGGGGCCGACGAGCCGGAGUCAAAGAUGAACAAGACUGAGAGCGAAGGGACCGAUGAGGCAGCAACGCAAGAAGAACCAAAAGCAGAGGGCAAUGACGACGACAACCCAGAGGCUGCCACUGAGGAGAUGGAUCCGUCUGAAGAAGGGAAAACUGAUGGAUCCAAACAGGACGACAAGAAGAAGUCUCCACUGAAACAGGCUACGACCCCAGCACAGGAGAAGCAGCAGAAAGCGAGAAAGAGAAGGGGUUUUAUGGACAGGUUGAUGUUUGCAUGUUCCGUUUGCAAGUUUCGUUCAUUCUACAAGGAAGAAAUGGACGCUCAUCUGGAGAGUCGCUUUCAUAAGGACCACUUUAAGUUCCUUUCCAGCCAGCUGUCCAAGCCCACCACAGACUUCUUACAGGAGUACAUGCAAAACAAAUUCAAGAAAACUGCCGAGCGGGUCGGCCAGUUGGAAAACCACAGCGCCACCGUCUGCCAGAUAUACAGAGAGCAGGAUCUCACCCGGGAACUGGGGAUGGAGCACUUCAUGAGGAAGGUGGAGGCAGCGCACUGUGGAGCCUGCGACCUUUUCAUUCCAAUGCAGCCCCACCUGAUUCAGAAGCACAUCAAGUCUCCGGACCAUAACUACAACCGCAAGGGUAUGAUGGAGCAAUCGAAGCGUGGCAGUUUGUCAGUUGCACGUAGCAUCCUUAAUCACAAACUUAUUGGCAAGAAGCUGGAGAGCUACCUGAAGGGUGAAAACCCCUUCACUGGGAACCAAGAUGAGCACGACCCAGACGACUCCAUGGCAAUGGACGUCUCAGAGUUGGAGUUGACCGGGGAGGCGUCAGAAAACCAGCCAGAAAAUACAGAAACUAAAGACGAGUCUGCCGCUGAAGGAGGGGCCGCUGAAGGAGGGGCUGACGGGGAGGAAAAAGCCGCUCCUGCAGUUACAGAGGAAGGAGAGGAAAAGAUGGAGGAGCAGCAGGAGAACCAGGCGGAUAGAGAGCUGGAGAACCGGGAAGAUGGCGAGCAGGAGAACCAGGAGGAUGGCGAGCAGGAGAACCAGGACGAUGGCGAGCAGGAGAACCAGGAGGAUGGAGAGCAGGAGAACCGGGAAGAUGGAGAGCAACAGAACCAGGAGGACGGAGAGCAGGAAAACCAGGAAUACGGAGAAGAGGAGAACCAUGGAGACGAGGAAGGUUUUGCUGUUGGAGAGGAUGAGGAAGAUGAGGGAUACGUAGUGCAUGAUGAAGAUGACCAAGAAGGAGAGGAGGAAUGUCAAGAAUGAGUUUUACAUCUUUUCUCUGAGCUCAAUGUGAAUAUGUUUCUGGACCGGUUUGUUACUGUUCCCACUGUUGAAUCAGUCCAGUUAGCUGUACAUACCUCGGCUGUUUUUUUUUGUUUUUUGCCUUUUGCAAUGAAAUAGGUUUUACACUUCGUCUAUUAUUCAUUAUUGUCCAGAUUCGGGGGGGUGGGGGUGGUGUUCCUCUAAGUAGCUAAUAUGCAUGAUUGCCAACCAGUAUGUUUAAGAGGCGAUUUAUUAAAUUGCUUUUUUUGGGGACAAACCGGUGGCUUUACUGUUUUGAGUCUUAAUUCUAAUAAUUGCUUCAUUGUCAGUGAGACAAGAGUAAGGAAUUCUUUUUAUUUAAACGUCAAAAAAAAAAAGCAAAUCAUUUCUGAAAAUGUCCCAACUUUCAUCCAUUUUGUGAAAUGUUAAAGUUGUUGAUAAUUUCCCUUAGAAACAUCAGUAUUGUAAUGUUAAAACUUGUUUUUGAUUUUAUUUUUUUCCAGUUUACACAGUGACCCAGAAUUUUGCCUAAUUGACAAGGAUUUGCAAACAAGUGAAAUGUGAGUUUUUAAUCUUGCAGUGAAGAUGACCGUUGACAUUAAGAAACGCAAAAGGUGACUUUGUUUCACUGGAGAAAUAAACUUGUUCAAAAUAAA